CGGAGAGGACAGACGCAGCCACCGACAUGUACGGCCGCGCAUUGCUUUCCUUGCUCCUCGCCCUACUCGCGGCCUCCUCGACGUCGACAGACUACCACAGGACGGGAAGAGGCACAGAGGAAUUCUGUAAGCUGGGAACUACAUUCCUGAGUGGCUGCAACACUUGUAUAUGUGGCGCUAAUAACAAGCCUAGCUUCUGUUUCCCAAAGGCUUGCAAAUACGAAAUCCCCGUUGGAAUCAAGCCAUGUGUGCCCGGUACAACGCUCAUGGUUGAAUGCAACAGGUGCACGUGCGGUAUUAAUGGCAAGGCCCAGCAGUGUACGAAAAAUAAAUGUCGUUCUAGCUCAGAACCAGUAAAAAGCUCUCGCUUCAAGAGUAUGACAGCUCAGCUUCCUGAAGACAAGUGUGUCCCUGGAACUACGCUUAAGAAGUCCUGUAACACGUGUAAGUGCAGCAAAAGUGGCAGACCAAUCCACUGCACCAAUCUCCAGUGUCAUCCGCUACUGGGCGUAGGAGUACAGGGUUGUGUGCCUGGAGAUUUAGUCAAGGUAUACUGCAGCACAUGCAAGUGCAGCAGUACAGGCAUCCUAACCGAUUGUACCAACAAGGACUGUGACAUCCGCGCAGCGCCUAAUGAAGGUGGGAGGGCUACAUGUGUGCCUGGCACAACAUACACGGAUGACUGCAACAAAUGCAUAUGCGACGCUGAUGGUACAAGAGGCGCCUGCACCAAACGUCCGUGUAAACGCAGAAGUAAGUACGUCAGUUAG